AUUUCCCUGACCUUGACAGUAUGUUGUAGGUCUGGCGAGUACAGCACGCAAGUAUCCUGGAUCACCCAUCUCAAAUCAGACAUAUCUUCGAGAAUAUCAGCACCUCUUAUUAAUCUUUCUUUCAUUACGAUUGAAUUCCAUUAAGUGACGCUCUGUUGAAAGGACUGAACGUCCAUUGAGGAUCAGUCACUAUGGCUGAGUUGAUGAGUCGGCAAAACGGCGAAGAUGUCGUAGUACAACCGCCAUUGUCCCAGGCCGUUGGUUAUGUGGUGGUUGUAGUGAUUGGGCUCGUCAUAGCAGCCGUCAUGGUCUUCGUAACAAAAGUCCUCAAGCGCACUGUUGGCGAAGAUAACCGCAAAACUGAAAUGUUCAUGACUGCAAAUCGAAGCGUUACGCCUGGACUUACGACAUCUGCUGUUGUAUCUUCAUGGCUUUGGUCGACUGCCAUGCUUGGUUCAACUCUAGUUGGAUAUGUUAACGGCGUAUCUGGCCCAUUCUGGUUCGCCGCUGGAUGUAGUCCAAUGAUCGUCUUCUUUGCCGUCCUCGGUAUCUCAUGCAAGCGAAAGAUACCUGAAGCGCAUACGCUAUUAGAAAUUGUUCGCAUUCGAUAUGGCACGACUGCGCAUAUUGUUUACAUGUUUCUUUGCCUCGUCAACAACAUUAUUGCGGUGGCCAAUAUGCUGCUCGGGGCUUCCUCUGCAAUCUCUGCUAUGACUGGUAUGCAUAUCAUCGCGGCAACCUUUCUGCUACCGGUCGGUGUUGCCGUAUACACUUUUGUGGGAGGCAUCAAGGCGACCUUCCUCACCGACUACAUGCAUACAUUUACGAUUCUCAUAAUUCUCUGUUACUUCUCGGUCAAAGCCUUCACCUUGGAGGAGGUCGGUUCCGUCUCGAAUCUAUACGAACUCCUGAAAGCAGCUAGCGCGCGACAUCCGGUGGCAGGCAAUGAGGAUGGAUCAUAUUUGACGAUGACUUCCAAAGGCGGAAUCCUCUUCGGCAUCAUACACAUCGCAGCGAACUUUGGUCUUGUCAUCAUGGACACAAGCUUCUUCAUCAAAGCAUUCAGCGCGAGCCCGAAAGCAGUGGUUCCUGGAUAUGUUAUUGGUGGUAUUGCGUAUUUUGCCAUUCCUUGGGCUAUGGGAACAUUGGCAAGCUCAGUGGUGCUAGGCUUGGAGAACAACCCCAUCUUCCCCACCUAUCCUAGGCGUAUGACUUCAUCAGAAAUAUCAGGUGGAUUGGUCUUGCCAUACUUCGCCAUAACGAUCGCUGGCAAAGGUGGCGCUGCCGGGAUUUUGCUCAUAACCUUUAUGGCCGUCACCUCAACAUUGUCCGCCCAGGUCAUCGCGGUCUCUUCAAUCAUCAGCUUUGAUAUGUACCGAACGUAUUUCAACAAGAAUGCGACGGAUAAAGACGUGAUUCGCUGGUCACAUUUCGGUGUUAUCUUUUUCGCAUUGUUCUCCUCUGCAUUUUCAACAAUGCUACAUUAUGUUGGCGUUGACCUCGGGUGGACGCUCUACAUGCUGGGUGUUUUGACCUGUCCUGGAAUCUUCCCCACGACCUUCACUAUUCUAUGGAGGAGACAAUCAAGAGCCGCAGCAAUCAUCUCUCCUCUGCUUGGUAUGGUGACCGGAAUCGCCGUUUGGCUGGGCUCGGCGUACGCACUCUAUGGCACGGUGAGCAUUGCCUCUACUGGCGCAACCGUGCCUUGUGUGUGGGGAACUGUGGCCUCCGCAAUCAGUCCGUUGCCUUACUCCGUGAUCAUUACUCUAUUCAAGCCGGAGUACUUCGACUGGGCAGAAUUUCGCAAGGAACGCCUCGCUUUUGAAGUUGAUGAUACACAGUCAACGAAUGAGCGUCGCACAGACAUCGAAAUCAAUAAUGAAGAUGUGAGCGAGUCACAGUCUUUGCUGAAGCGAUGGGGACGUAUCGCUGCGAUCUGGGCGCUCGCAACGUUCCUGGGACACUGGGUGUUAUGGCCAUUGCCGAUGUACGCGAGCAAGUAUGUUUUUGGCAAAGGGUUUUUCGCAGCGUGGUUGGUGAUCUCUAUAAUUUGGCUAUGGGGAACGCUUUUCAUUGUUGGAUUCUAUCCCAUCAUCGAUGGACGUCAACAGAUCGUUGACGUAUGGAAGGCGGUUAGGCAAGGUGGUCACAGAAAGCGGACGAAAGAUUCGACUGCCGAUGAAAGUAGCAGUGGUGCAGUGACCCCAACGGUGAUCCAGGGGGACAAGAAAUAGGAUACACAGUAAAGAAGAUAGAACAGUGUAGAUUUAUAGAAGGAGGAUGGUAUAUUGAUAAUCAGAAUAGCGUAGAUUUAGACUAGG